AUGGCCUCUUCUCCAGCCUCACUACGCUCUCUCUACCGCUCCCUCCUUCGCGAGCUACCACCUCGACCAAUUCUCGCCUCACCACGCUCACCUCUUCACUCCCGUCUUCGAGAUUCCUUUUCUUCCAGCUCCAAGGCGGCGACAUCACAAGACGCCCGCGCCCAUGCCGCUGCCCAGGCCAUCGCCUAUCUUCGAUCUCAGCGCAUGUAUGCCACGUUACUCGAGCGUUAUAACCCUGGUAUGGGUAUGGAUGAGGAGGAGCGUGUUCGCUUGACCGCUAGGAGGGUCGGCAUGGAUUUGCCAGUUGAGUACAAGUAA